CAGAAAACGUCAAAUUCUGUUUGACUGUUGUGUUUGUGUUUAACUUUGACAUUUCCCAUCGAUUUUGUCUAACUUCGUUCGUAUGACUUUGUUGAGGAUAAUAAACGUCAAAUUUUCAUUUUAAAUAAGUGUGUCCUGUGCUAUUUAAUUAAUUAAUGUUUUAAAAAUACCACUUAAUAAAAUGGAUACUAUAGAAUCACAAGUUAAUUUAAAUAAACCAUCAUCUAAAGAGGAUAUACCGCUAAUCUCUAAACCACAUCGAGACCCUUUUCUGUUAAGCUGUUGGUGCUCCAUAUGGCGAAGAUGCUGUGGUCCCCGAGAAUUAAGAUCGAGAACUAUUUGCUUAGGCAAGCCCAUGACUGGACAGUUUCCAGAAAACACAAUUAGAAAUCAGAAAUAUAAUAUUAUCACAUUUCUGCCACUUGUACUCUACCAGCAAUUUAAAUUUUUUCUCAAUUUAUAUUUUCUUAUAAUGGCAAUCAGUCAAUUUGUGCCUGAUAUAAGAAUAGGAUAUCUUUAUACUUACUGGGGCCCACUGUGUUUUGUGCUCUUUGUAACCAUCUGUAGAGAAGCUGUUGAUGAUUUAAGAAGGCAUAAACGUGACCAGGAAGUAAACAACCAAAAAUGUAAAAGACUUUCAAGAAAAGAUGAUAAACAAAUUGAAAUUGUUUCAGCUUCUAAAUUAAAGGUUGGAGAUUUAAUCAUUGUGGACAAAGAUGAAAGAGUGCCAGCUGAUUUGGUUCUUUUAAGAACAUCAGAAAGAAGUGGAACUGUUUUUGUAAGGACUGAUCAAUUGGACGGAGAGACAGAUUGGAAAUUACGAUUGGCAAUACCUGCCACUCAGAAACUUCCAUCCGAUUCACAUCUGUUUGAUAUAAAUGCUAGUAUAUAUGCCGAAAAGCCUCAGAAAGAUAUCCAUUCAUUCAUAGGGACAUUUAUAAGGCAUGAUUCGGUGAAUUCUGAUGAGAGUUUAGACUUGGAAAAUACUAUUUGGAGUAAUUGUGUUGUUGCUUCUGGUCAAGCUUUAGGCGUGGUCAUAUACACAGGUCCAGAAACACGUUCAGUUAUGAAUAAUUCUGCACCUCGUUCAAAGGUCGGUCUUUUAGACAUGGAAUUAAACACUAUAACAAAAUUACUGUUCGGAGCUGUCGUAGGUCUGGCUUUGAUUAUGAUGAUUUUAAAAGGGUUUAAUGGCCCUUGGUACCGUUAUAUGUUUAGAUUUGUGCUACUAUUUUCAUAUAUUAUACCUAUAAGUUUACGAGUGAAUUUAGAUAUGGGAAAAUCGUUCUAUUCAUGGUCAAUUAGUCAUGACCCAAACAUGAAAGGCACCCAAGUGAGAUGUACAACUAUACCAGAAGAAUUAGGUCGUAUUUCGUACCUUUUGUCUGACAAAACUGGUACUCUCACUCAGAAUUCGAUGGUUUUAAAGAGAGUACACAUGGGUACAGUCAAUUAUGCACAAGAUGGAUUCUUAGAAGUUCAAAACGUAUUACGACAAAGUUACAGUGGUGGCGAAAGUGUAACGUAUAUGGCUCAUUCUGGAAAAAUGAGAAAAUCGGAAAAUACAAGGAUUAAAGAUGCUGUCCAAGCCUUGGCUUUGUGUCACAAUGUCACACCAGUUUAUGAAAAUACCGAAACUCUUGAUAAUAAUUCAAUUGCUUCUGAUACUGAAGCAGAUCAGCACAUGCAAGUUUCCACAGAACGUGUGGUAACUUAUCAAGCCUCAAGUCCAGAUGAGGUAGCUCUAGUGCAAUGGACACAAGAAAUGGGCUUAUCACUCACAAGGCGUGAAUUAAAUAGCAUGCAGCUCAGGACACCCAACGGACAUUUACUCAACUACUCAAUUCUUAUCGUUUUUCCAUUCACGAGUGAAACUAAACGAAUGGGUAUAAUUGUUAAAGACCAAGAAACUGGCGAAAUAGUUUUUUAUCUAAAGGGAGCCGAUGUUGUAAUGUCUAAUAUAGUGCAGUACACAGAUUGGCUAGAAGAAGAAUGCGGCAACAUGGCUAGAGACGGAUUAAGAACUUUGGUAGUUGCAAGAAAGGUUUUAUCCGAAGAGCAAUUUAAUGAUUUCGAAACACGUUAUUCCGCUGCGCGAAUGUCUGUUUCUGAUCGAGUUCAGAGGGUUGCACAAGUUAUCGAAUCGCUUGAGAGGGAAAUGGAAUUGUUAUGUGUAACUGGAGUAGAAGACAAAUUACAGGACAAUGUACGACCGACACUAGAAUUAUUACGAAAUGCUGGCAUCAAAAUAUGGAUGUUAACGGGUGACAAAUUGGAAACAGCGACUUGUAUUGCUAAAAGUUCCCGAUUGGUUUCAAAAACUCAAGGCUUGUAUGUAUUAAAAAAGGUUGUCACAAGAACUGAUGCUCACCUGGAAUUAAAUACAUUCAGGCGCCGUGCGGACUGUGCCCUCGUGGUUAGUGGAGACAGUUUAGAAGUAUGUCUCAGUUACUAUCAACAGGAAUUUUUAGAAUUGGCUACUGCGGCACCAGCAGUUGUGUGCUGUCGUUGUUCUCCAACACAAAAAGCUCAAAUUGUUCAAUUGAUCCAAAAACAUACUGGGAAACGCACGGCUGCCGUCGGUGACGGAGGCAACGAUGUGAGCAUGAUCCAACAGGCGGACGCUGGUAUAGGUAUAGAAGGUCGUGAGGGCAAACAGGCCAGUCUUGCUGGUGACUUCAGCAUACCUCAGUUCUCGCACUUGGCUCGCCUGCUACUCGUGCACGGUCGCAGAUCAUACAAACGAUCUGCUUCACUGUCCCAAUUUGUCAUACAUAGGGGACUUAUAAUAUCGAUUAUGCAAGCCGUUUUCAGCAGUGUUUUUUAUCUCAGUUCCGUUGCCCUUUAUCAAGGAUUUCUUAUGGUCGGAUAUGCAACAGUGUAUACAAUGUUUCCGGUUUUCAGUUUAGUAUUGGAUCAGGAUGUGAAUGCAGAAAUGGCUCUUACAUAUCCAGAACUUUACAAAGAAUUAGCAAAAGGAAGAAGUUUGUCGUUCAAAACGUUCUUCAUGUGGGUGCUGAUUUCGAUUUAUCAAGGUGGUGUAAUAAUGUAUGGAGCACUGCUGCUAUUCGAAGAUGAAUUUAUCCACAUUGUGGCGAUUAGCUUCAGCGCUUUAAUUCUUACCGAAUUAAUCAUGGUUGCUUUGAACAUUAGAACAUGGCACUAUCUGAUGAUCCUCGCCGAGCUUCUCUCUUUGGCACUUUACGUUAUGUCGCUCAUAAUUUUGCACGAUUACUUCGAUUCUGAAUUUAUCAGAACUUUCGACUUUUUCUGGAAAGUAUUGGCUAUUACUUUGGUAUCUUGUUUGCCACUUUAUAUACUGAAGUUUUUGCGUAAAAAGUUCUCUCCUCCAAGCUACACUAAAUUAUCGUAAAGCUAUCAAGAUUUAGGUACAUAUUUAUUAGUAAGUUUUAUUCGUCCACGUUGUUUUUCAACAACUGUUUAUUUAAAUUCACGAGUAUCAUAAUGUUAUGCGUUUCAGUGAAGAAGUGAAAGAUAAGAACAUUAAAUAUUCCAUAAAGCAGAAUUUUGCACACUUUUUUAUUUGAUGUUUUAGCAAUAUUACUAGUUCCUCCAAGGUGCAUUUGCAGAGAAAAAUAUUAACCUAUAAAAUUAUUAAAUUUUGCACCUAGUUCUUUUUAAUAUGAAUAUUGUUUUAAUUAAUUGU